AUGGCUUUAGACUUAUUUCCCGAGUCGGCCGAACCCAAGCCCAAGCUCAAUGAAGCCUUAGACGUUGUUUCAAGGUUGAACACUGCCUUGAACACCCUCAGUAUUUCCGUCUGUACCCUUUCUCCUACCAUAUAUUCCCUUGGACGCAAGUCCAGUCGGAUCGAUCAAACUUAUGGUGUCUUGAAGAGAUUCAGAUGCUACAUCCUGGAGAUGGAUGUAAACGAGUUGAUAUCUCAAGAUCUUCCAGAGCUUUUCCUUGAACUUUCUCAGUUUGUUUCUAGUGGGGAAUAUGCUCAAGGUGGUUCAGAAUUCUCUGAUGAGGAAUAUGCCUCGAAGCUUUUGAGCCGUCGUACCCAACUGUUCGCGACUAUUGACAAGAUCCAAAGCGCCAUUGACACUUCCCUCCGACUCAUGGACCGUUCCGACUUUGGCAUCCUCCGACACAUCUGGACUGAGUUUGACACUGAGCUUGGUGAUUCUCUAGCCCAGAUUGCCCAGAGAAUCCACGAAGCUAAAGACCUCGAGGUCCCCCCCGCCGACCACCCUUUUAACCUCAGACCUCGCAUCAUCCACCUCUUAGAGCAAAUCGUCCCCCUCGUCAAAUUAGCUAGAGUCUUCUAUCGAAAGAUCGGCUCCGGACCCCCCUUCACAUUUGGUGAAGAUAUGUGCUCAGCUGACCUCGAACUUAUUCGACGUGGCUCAGGCAUGAUCAAUAACAAUCUCUCCCACAUCGUGAACUAUUUGUUGCGUACCUACCGCGCCCAAACAGUCGAGCGAGGUGGUAGACUCCCAAUCUUCUCCAAUGCAGUAAAGGAAGCUAUGAAGGACACCUUAGAUUUUAUUGCCUCUCACAUGGUUCCUUCUGAUCCCGCUCGUACCGUUGAUGAUAUCAUGGAAGAAUCGUUUGGCAUUUUGAAAUCCCAAUUCAAUCCCACCUACGAAAGAUUCCUGGCUGCUGUUAACGAGUUUGAAAGCGUAAACCAAAGAUUCAUCAAUGAGGCUGACGUCCUUGAUCAACAAUAG